ACAAAAUAAAAAGAAAAUAAGCGAAAUAUGUCAAUAUCUUUUUGAGACUUUAAUAUUUUCUCUGCAGUAGAAAUGUUCCCAACAGCCCUCGGGAACAACCACCAGCCCGGCCCCGAGCGCCACAGAGCCGUAAUCCUAUCAACAUGGUCACACGCCGCACAUCUCAUGCAGCCCACCCCACGCUCGCUCCCAAACUAGGUAACAGUCCACUUGGGAUGAGUGACUGUGAGCGUAGCGUAGGAUGAGCAGCACCACAACCAGCGGCGACUUUGUUUCACAAACACCGGUCUCGAUGGCGUGCCAAACCUUCCUCCUUCAUCUCACACCGCAACUGGUGCAGCAGCAACACAUCUCGCCAUGAAGCUGCAAACCCUCGUAGCCGCCAGUCUCGCUGGUGUAGCCACCGCCGUCGUCCCACGCGACUACAAGGGCCAAAUCAUCUUUGGUCCGCACAACCUGCAGGCAAAUCAUGCCCCUCAUGCCGUCGACAUGGCUGCCAUCAUGGACAUGAAGCUCAGGCAGCACGCAACCGACAUGAAGGACGGUAUGUUCGGCUACAACAAGUACAAGAAGCAGCCGCCUACGGCCUGUGUUCGUGGAAGAGCGGGCGAGUACGCCUGCGACAGAGUCGACAUGAAGGGCUUCCUCCGCCACCAGGACAUGCACAGCAGAACCCGAACCGGCAACGAUAUCUGGGGAUGGACUUCACCUGAUGGCCGCGAGUUUGGCCUCGUCGGUCAGUCUGAUGGUACGGCAUUUGUGGAAGUUCUCAAGGACGGCAACCUGCAGUACAUCGGCCGUCUGGACACUCAAACAGGCACUUCGCUAUGGCGAGAUGUCAAGGUCAUCGGCCACCAUGCCUACAUCGGCUCCGAGGCCGAGGACCACGGCAUGCAGGUGUUUGACCUCACCAAGCUGCUCAAGGUUGACCCGAAACACCCCGAGACGUUUGACAAGGCACUUGAUCUUGCUGCCCACUUUGACAAGUUUGGCAGCAGCCACAACAUUGUUGCCAACGAAGAGACUGAGACCAUCUUUGCUGUUGGCACUUCUCGCUGGUUGCCCUGCCGCGGAGGCCUCUGGAUGAUUGACGUCUCGAACCCCCGUAGACCCCAGGACAACGGCUGUGUUUACCAAGAUGGUUAUGUGCACGAUGCCCAGUGUGUCAUUUACAAGGGUCCCGAUCGACGCUUCCGCGGCCACGAAAUCUGCUUCAACUACAACGAAAAUGCUCUUACCAUUGUCGACAUCACAGUCCGUGCCAUCCCAAAACAAAUCUCACGCACCACGUACAAUGGUGCGGCCUACACCCAUCAAGGAUGGCUCGCCACUGAGGACCACCGCUACUUACUGCUGGAUGAUGAGCUGGAUGAGGUGGUUGGCUCGGAACCUGCAGAGGAUGGCAAGACGACAACGUACAUUGUCGAUGUAACCGAUCUCACUUAUCCUGUGUUUAGAGGCAUCUACAAGAGCCCCAUCAUAUCUAUUGACCACAACCAGUACGUUAUCGAUGGUAUUUCGUAUCAAAGCAACUACGGAUCUGGUCUGCGCAUCGUCAACGUCACUUCGAUUGCAGAGGAUGAUACGGGCGCUGGGUUCGAGGAGAUUGGCUCCUUUGAUGUGUACCCUGAGGACGAUGAGGUGGGCAGCCGAGAGUUCCACGGCUCUUGGUCGGUAUAUCCAUUCUUCAAGAGUGGGCAUCUGUUACUCAACAGCAUCGAACGCGGUGUCUAUUCUCUAAAGUUGAAGAACUAA